UGGCCGCCUCCUUGGUGUGGUGGUGAGAGGAGUCGGGCUCUUCGGCGCUGCGGGACGAGUCUCCCCUUUAUCCCGCAGCCUCCCACCCGCUCCCGCUCGCUUCCGUUCCGCAGCUCGCCGACCCGCUCUCGGCCCGCUGGUGUGCGAGGAGCUGGGAGCCGCGAUGGGCCGGGCGCGGCUGCCGCUGCAGAGGGUGCAGGGCCCACGGGGCUAGAGGCGCGAGUGGAGGCCCGGGGCUCCGUGCCCGCCGGCACCUCGGCCCUCCGCGGGGCCGGGCGGCGCCGCCUUCCUCCGAACCCAGCCGGGGCUGCUGUCUGCGGGCGGCGGAGGAGGAGAAGAGUCGCUGAGUGGAACGUGCUGCUUCCCCCGGGCUCGUCCUUACCUACACACCUGGGAGAGGAGCCUCCUGCUGCCCUUGCCCCGUCCUCCCCCCCGCCACCCCGCGCCCCCGCCUCCCGGAGGGAUCCCUCGGCCCCCGCUGGAGGUUGCUGCGCACUUGUUGCUUGGUACUUCCUCUCUGAUGGAGUCUGAGAUGCUGCAGUCGCCUCUUCUGGGGCUUGGGGAGGAGGAUGAGUCCGACCUGACUGACUGGAACUUGCCUCUGGCCUUUAUGAAGAAGAGGCACUGCGAGAAGAUCGAAGGCUCUAAGUCUUUGGCUCAGAGCUGGAGGAUGAAGGACCGGAUGAAGACUGUCAGUGUUGCCUUAGUUUUGUGCCUAAACGUUGGUGUGGACCCUCCUGAUGUGGUGAAAACGACUCCCUGUGCCCGCCUGGAGUGUUGGAUUGAUCCUCUGUCAAUGGGUCCUCAGAAAGCUCUGGAAACCAUUGGUGCAAAUCUACAGAAGCAGUAUGAGAACUGGCAGCCAAGAGCCAGGUACAAGCAGAGUCUUGACCCUACUGUGGAUGAGGUUAAGAAGCUGUGCACAUCUCUGCGUCGGAACGCCAAGGAGGAGCGGGUGCUUUUCCACUACAACGGCCAUGGCGUCCCCAGGCCAACUGUCAAUGGGGAGAUCUGGGUCUUCAACAAGAACUACACUCAGUACAUUCCCCUCUCCAUCUAUGACCUGCAGACCUGGAUGGGCAGCCCUUCCAUUUUCGUCUAUGACUGCUCCAACGCUGGCCUUAUUGUCAAGUCAUUCAAGCAAUUUGCACUACAGAGGGAGCAGGAGCUGGAGGUGGCUGCAAUUAACCCUAACCAUCCACUUGCUCAAAUGCCUUUGCCUCCCUCAAUGAAGAACUGCAUCCAGCUGGCAGCCUGCGAGGCCAACGAGCUGCUCCCCAUGAUCCCAGACCUGCCGGCUGACCUGUUCACGUCAUGCCUUACUACACCCAUCAAAAUCGCUCUGAGAUGGUUCUGUAUGCAGAAGAGUGUCAGGCUGGUGCCAGGAGUCACACUGGAUUUAAUAGAGAAGAUCCCGGGCAGACUGAAUGACAGGAGAACCCCCCUGGGAGAGCUGAACUGGAUCUUCACCGCUAUCACAGACACCAUCGCCUGGAACGUCUUGCCUAGAGACCUUUUCCAGAAGCUCUUCAGGCAGGACCUGCUCGUGGCCAGUUUAUUUCGGAACUUUCUCUUGGCAGAAAGGAUUAUGAGAUCCUACAACUGCACCCCGGUGAGCAGCCCCCGCCUGCCUCCCACCUACAUGCACGCCAUGUGGCAAGCUUGGGACCUUGCAGUUGAUAUUUGCCUUUCCCAAUUACCUACAAUUAUAGAAGAAGGAACUGCCUUUAGGCACAGCCCCUUCUUUGCAGAGCAGCUGACGGCAUUCCAGGUCUGGCUGACCAUGGGCGUGGAGAACCGCAACCCCCCGGAGCAGCUCCCCAUUGUCCUGCAGGUGCUGCUGAGCCAGGUUCACCGGCUGCGGGCUCUGGAUUUGCUGGGAAGGUUUUUGGACCUGGGUCCCUGGGCUGUUAGCUUGGCCCUGUCCGUUGGCAUUUUCCCCUAUGUGCUGAAGCUGCUCCAGAGUUCAGCUCGUGAGCUGAGGCCUCUCCUGGUCUUCAUCUGGGCCAAAAUUCUGGCCGUGGACAGUUCGUGCCAAGCUGACCUUGUGAAGGACAACGGACACAAGUAUUUCCUCUCGGUUCUGGCAGACCCGUAUAUGCCUGCUGAACACAGGACGAUGACAGCGUUUAUCCUGGCUGUAAUUGUUAACAACUACAACACAGGACAGGAAGCUUGCCUUCAAGGAAACCUGAUUGCUAUUUGCCUGGAGCAGCUGAAUGAUCCACAUCCUCUCCUGCGUCAGUGGGUGGCCAUUUGUUUGGGCCGCAUUUGGCAGAACUUUGACUCAGCCAGGUGGUGUGGUGUGAGGGACAGUGCUCACGAGAAGCUCUACAGCCUCCUCUCGGAUCCCAUUCCUGAGGUUCGCUGUGCUGCAGUCUUUGCACUGGGAACUUUUGUGGGCAACUCUGCUGAACGGACCGAUCACUCCACCACCAUUGACCAUAAUGUGGCCAUGAUGUUGGCCCAGCUCAUCAAUGAUGGGAGCCCCAUGGUUCGAAAGGAGCUGGUGGUGGCUUUAAGUCACCUGGUGGUUCAGUAUGAGAGCAAUUUCUGCACAGUUGCCUUGCAGUUCAUGGAGGAAGAGAAGAAUUACCCUCUCCCUUCUCCAGCUGCCCCAGAGGGUGGGAGUUUGACACCAGUGCGGGAUGGUCCAUGCACGCCCAGGCUGAGGUCCGUCAGCUCCUACGGGAACAUCCGUGCAGUUACCACUGCUCGCAACCUGAACAAGUCCUUGCAGAACCUCAGCUUGAAUGAAGAAUCUGGGAGCUCUGUUGCAUUUUCUCCUGGGAAUCUCAGCACCAGCAGCAGCGCCAGCAGCACCUUGGGCAGCCCUGAGAAUGAAGAAUACAUCCUCUCAUUUGAGACCAUUGACAAGAUGAGACGAGUCAGCUCUUACUCUUCUCUGAACUCACUAAUAGGUGUGAGUUUCAACAGUGUUUAUACCCAGAUCUGGAGAGUGCUCCUUCACCUGGCUGCUGACCCCUACCCUGAUGUCUCCGACCUGGCCAUGAAGGUUCUCAAUAGUAUUGCCUACAAGGCCACGGUAAAUGCUCGUCCCCAGCGCAUCCUCGACACCUCCUCUCUGACUCAGUCUGCCCCUGCCAGCCCCACCAACAAGGGCAUGCACAUCCACCAAGUCGGAGGGUCACCUCCAACCACUAGUACGAGCAGCUCUAGCCUGACCAACGAUGUGACAAAGCAGCCGGUCAGUCGCGACAUGGCCUCUGUCAGACCUGCCAACGUCAGCAGUGUUGGGGUGCAGUACACUCCCCACUCCCACCAGUUCCCUAGGACAAGGAAGAUGUUUGACAAAGGGCCAGAGCAGACCACUGAUGACGCCGAUGACACCGUUGGGCACAAAAGUUUCAUUUCAGCCACAGUGCAGACGGGGUUUUGCGACUGGAGUGCCAAGUAUUUUGCUCAGCCGGUCAUGAAGAUCCCGGAGGAGCAUGACUUGGAGAGCCAGAUCCGCAAGGAGCGAGAGUGGCGGUUCCUGCGCAAUGCCCGGGUCAGGAAGCAAGCCCAGAAGAUCAUCCAGAAGGGUAUUUCCCGACUGGAUGAUCAGAUCUUCCUCAACAGGAACCCGGGUGUCCCCUCUGUGGUGAAGUUCCACCCAUUCACACCCUGUAUCGCGGUAGCUGACAAGGACAGCAUCUGUUUUUGGGACUGGGAGAAAGGGGAAAAGCUGGACUAUUUCCACAACGGGAACCCUCGUUACACCAGGAUCACGGCAAUGGAGUACCUGAAUGGACAGGACUGCUCCUUGCUGCUGACUGCCACAGAUGAUGGUGCCAUCAGAGUGUGGAAGAACUUUGCAGACCUGGAAAAGAACCCAGAGAUGGUAACAGCCUGGCAAGGGCUGUCGGACAUGCUGCCAACCACACGAGGUCUGGCCCGAAGGGUUUCAAUCUAUCUUGACAGAAGUAAGCAGGGAGGAGCAGGAAUGGUGGUUGACUGGGAACAAGAAACUGGGCUCCUGAUGACGUCAGGAGAUGUGAGGAUAAUCCGGAUCUGGGACACAGACCGGGAAAUGAAAGUACAGGACAUCCCCACUGGAGCAGACAGCUGUGUGACGAGCCUCUCGUGUGAUUCCCAUCGCUCACUCAUCGUGGCAGGGCUGGGGGACGGCUCCAUCCGCGUCUUCGACAGGAGGAUGGCUCUGAGUGAAUGCCGCGUCAUGACCUACCGGGAGCACACAGCCUGGGUGGUGAAAGCAUACCUGCAGAAACAUCCUGAAGGCAACAUCAUGAGCGUCAGUGUGAACGGCGAUGUGCGGUUCUUUGACCCCCGGAUGCCAGAGUCCAUGAAGGUCCUUCAGAUUGUCAAAGGGCUGACAGCCCUUGACAUUCACCCACAAGCCAACCUCUUUGCCUGUGGCUCCAUGAACCAGUUCACUGCAAUCUACAAUGGAAAUGGGGAGCUGAUCAACAACAUCAAAUACUAUGAUGGCUUUAUGGGACAGAGAGUGGGAGCCAUCAGCUGCCUGGCUUUCCAUCCGCACUGGCCCCACCUGGCAGUCGGGAGCAAUGACUACUACAUCUCAGUGUACUCGGUGGAGAAGCGGAUCAGAUAGCGCUGGUGGCAGCGGUGCUGGAGCGAGUCCCAGCGGGCAGGGCCAUGUCUCACCAUCAUGUACAUAGUGAAAUUAUCGACUUGAAUGUUUCGUGUUGGCUGCUGCUGCAACCCGUAACUUGAACAUUUCCUGACUCAGCUACUGAUGAUUUUGACAAGGGGAAGAGAGACAAUCUCCUUUUUUUGUUGCAUUAUUCGUUUUCCAGCUAUAUCUUCAAAGCUACAGAAAAGGAACGUUUUAUUUUUGUUUCCAGUGGUUGGCUUCUCUGUUAGAAACACAGCUUCUGAGCUUGGAUGAGGCAAUACCCUUGAAAAGGGCUUUCUGCUUUAGUCUUUGUUUCUUUGUUUUGCUGGGGCGUAGGUUGCUCUAAGGACUGGAGUCAGGACUCACCUACAGCUCUGUGCAUUCAACCAGACCACGGGACCCCUCCAGCUGCUGCCUACCCUCUGCCAAACAGGAAUUCCUUGGACAGUGCAACGAGGCCUGACUUGUCCAUCUGCAGAAUGCACAUGCUCCUGCACUGAGCAUCAGCAAGGGAGGUGGGAAAGUGUCUCCUCUGCAUGGACCUCAUCCACUCUGCAGCAUCCUCUCCAGUGGAAGCAAAGACAGAAGGAGACUUGGUGGCAAGGGGAGGCAAAGAACCUGAGAAAAGGGCUUGAGGAGAUGACAGGAGCAGGGCAGGAUGCCAGCAUGCUGUAAUCUUGCACAUACAGGAGGAAGAAGGAAGAGAUACUGAACAUCUCUAACAUCCCAAUGCAUGUGGAGCAAGUCACUCUUUAAGCACUCUCCACCAGGUCACACAGUGGUGGGGGCUCUGGGGUAUCUUGGUCACUGUUGCUUCCACAGUCACUGUCCUUCUGUCCAUGGUGAACUCCACAAACACGUUGAUGCCUGGGAGCUCUGCCCAGCAGUGAGGGAGCCCCAGGGCUUUUAAUUCAUUCUGAUGGGCUGAUACCCAGCCAGGUGAUGCUCAGGAGGAUUUGCCCGCUCACUGCUGUGGAUACACAGCUGCACACACCAUGUGAAGGUGCCUGUGGCCUGUAUGUCCCUGCAGAACUGAGCACAUAACCACACGUGGUAUGAGCACAAGAGAAUCACUAAUGGGGGAAGACUGCAGGUCAUUCUGCUUUGAGCAGAACAGCUUUGUCUGAGCUCCCCAGGGGACAGCCUGCUCCAUCUCCCACACCUUCCAUGUCUAAUAAUGAAAUCUGUGAUGGGUCUGGGGAGGGGGGUGGGGAAGGGGUAGGCAAAGCCAAAGGACAGGUUUCUCCCAGGUGCUGCUGAGCUGUGAUUCUGCUGGCCAAGAACAGAACUUGCAUGGUGCAGAGCUCACUGUGGCAACACGUUGCCUGCACAAUGCAGACAUUCCCAGUUUUCCUUCCAGCUGGUCUGCAGGCUCCCAGCAACCUCUGCCAGCAAUGAGGCUACUAGAAGGGUUCUCUCCCUGUGCAGUGGAGGCUUCACCUCUGCCAUGGUGCGGGCACAGCGUGUCUGGCUUUGGUGAGGGUCCCUGAGCCACAGCAGAGGAGCUGAUGCUGAAGGCUGGGUGCUGUAUCCUUGUCCUAAGCACUGUCACUGUCCCCCCUGGAGCAGGGAGGCUGGGGGCCCCUUCACAGGAUGAUGAAUCAAAGGCUUUAAAUGUAAGCAAAACUACCUAAAAGUCGACUUCUAAGUUACCAAAAGUGAAUUAUGGUCUAACAGAGCUGUGUCUCCAACUUUGGUCCCAGCAUCUCCUCCACUCUGCCCAUGCUGGGGGCUGAUGAGUGCAGAGCCAGGGCAUGGGAUCUGCACGUAACCCAUUAACAUGCACAGCUUAGAACCCAAUAGGUUUUUAACUUAAAUCAGUGUCUUCUGAAGGGAACAGGGACUCCCUGGCAGCGGGUGAAGGUGGAAGCUGAAGCUCCGAAGAGGAGCUGAGGCCAGGAGGGGGGGUUUGACUGUCUGGGCCUGUUGAGCUUUCAUCUGAGUGUGUGCGUGUUGUGGGCUGUUCUUUCACAGGUCUGCCGCAGAGAUUUCAAUCAUUAAGUUUAACCGAGGAUCCGCAGAGCAUCCUACCUAAAAAGUCACUUAUCUCUAUUUAUUUUACAAAAAUAAAAUAGUAAUAAAAAUAUAUAUAAAGAACCCCACACGAUUGUAAUGUGAGAGUAAAACAAUUACCAACAAAUAAAUGGUUAAUAAAAAAUAAAUGCAGAAACAC